AUGAAAUCUUACCUACGACUGGAUUCAAACCAUCCAAAGCUUUAUAUGAAUGCCAUCAUUCGUUUUCUUCUUGGGACAUUAGGUAGCCAAAACCUAAGACUCAAUUAGCCUGCAAUCGACAAAUAUCCUCGACACCAAAAAUUCGCCUCGAUGCCAUAUUCAAUAAUUACCUGUACAGAAUUAUUGUAUGAGCUCCAAAGGGAGCAUUCUUUCAUUCUAAUAUAUAUACCGACAUUCAGGAGAAAUUUUAGGGGCAGGUGAAAAGAGAGAUUAGGAGCUGGAUUCCCGCUUGGGGAUCCAAUUCACUUUGACAAACAUACCAUUGUCGAAAUUCGGCUAUUCAGGAGACUGUCAACCAAAAAUAAUACGGCAACACCUCAAUUGUCGAUCGAGGACAAUAAGUAUUGUCCCUAUUCAAACCACGAACACCAUAUUGUGCAGGACUCACAAUAUAUAUCGCCAUGGCGAGAACAUAUUUAAAGCACCAAAGCCCUCAGGGUUUUGGGAAGUUUUCUCCUUCUUCCUCGUCCGACAAAGCGUACGCUCGAUUCCAAUCGAAAGCUCACAACACAAUUCUCAAGAACCCACAUCGAAAGUCCGAGAGACCCCAGCCUCGAAAUCUUCCUCUUCCACUUCGUAUCAAACAGAUCAAGAUGUCGACUUCGGCUUCUCCCUCAACAAAGCGUACCCGCCCCAUCACUGAUGUCGGCAACCACCCCAUCAAACACAGAAGAGUAUCGUCGGCUCCUGUAAUCGGCUCUUUUAUUCGUGAGCGUCCCGCCAGAUGUUCCUCUGAACCGCCGACUGGUCUUGAAGGCUGUGGCAUCCUCGAAGAUGUUUCUUCGAAGUGUAACCCCACACCAAUUACCAAGGCCGACAAGGAUCAUUACCUUCGUCGAGCCAAGAACUUCUCUCACAACUGGACCAACCGACGCAAACGGCAUUUGGCCAAGAAAGUACGAUCAGACUGGAGCGGUAUGCCCAGUUCUGCCCAGCAAGGAAUGAAAAACUUGACUGGAGUUCUCUGUUAUCGCCACAGCCUCUUCCAAGCAAUUCUCCAUUGCCCCCAAGUCGCACAUUGGUUGCGCACGUACCAUUCCGAGGAGUCUUGUAUUGUAGACAAGCAAGCCAGCUGUGCUGCCUGCCAGUUGCGUACUGUCAUCCAAACCUACUGGUCUGGAAAGUCUGCCGAGCUGACCAAGGCCCUCGAGAACGUCAACAAGGUCUUUAAGACCAAUGGUUGGAGCCAAAGCGGCCAAGCCGAUCCAGAUGAGCAACUCACUUGGCUGAUCGGACAGAUGCGCGAGCAGUUACCUCAACAGAUAUAUGCCUAUCUUGACGCCUUCAUCAACUUCAGCCUCGAUUCGUCGACUAGCUGUACCAAGUGCGGCCACGUCUGCACUAACUUUGGUGAGACGGAAGGUGUUCUCUCAGUCGAGCUUCUGCCGAGAAUCAACGGCGAUCUCUCAAAGUACUUGAACAAGUACUUUUCGUACUCAGUCGAAGGGUAUAAAUGCGACGAAUGCAAGGAGACGUCCGACAACCGGCGUUCUCGUCUGAUCUCGCACUCCCCCGACGUCGUCAUCCUUCAGAUGAUGAGAUUCGACCCCAUGGGGCGAAAAGACAAGCACCCAGUCCCGUUCUCGUCCACCCUCGAUCUGAACGCAUAUCGGACGAGUACAAACAAGACCAACUCGACAUACAGCCUCGCGGCUGUCGUCCAGCACUCGGGAGGAACGGGUGGCGGCCACUACCGCUGUGUUGCGAGAGGAAAGGACCAAAACUGGAACAUCUUUGAUGACGCGAGAGUCAUCAGAGGAAAGGAAAGCGUGGCACUCGACCCAGGAAGUAAGGGAAAGAGCUGGACCCCGUACCUUCUGUUCUUCCAGCGAGAGAGGAAGUGAGGAGGUCAUACCUCACUUCCUCUCGAGCUUGAUCCAUGAUUUACUCUAGGUCGGAACGAAUGUGGCUUGUUACUGUAAAAUAGAUAGAUUGUGGUACAAUGAAAAAUGGCCUCGUAGUGUAUUAUGGUGGCUUUGUGGCAUUGCAGUUCGGCGGCUGUUUUUACUGUUUUUCGGUAGCGCUGGCAUUAGUGGAGUUUGGGAAGAUACUAUGUGGAAAGGCGAUACAGCACAUGAGUGAAUUGAUUGCUCCUGCCCGCUGUGGCCUCAAAAGCUUCAUCUUCGAUAGAGUGACUUGUGUCUGAGCGUCCU